AUGGAGAUGCCAAGUGUUGUAGUCCGACUAGCAUGUGGCGAAUGCUCGCUGUUGGUAAAUCCCCAAGGGACGCUUUUGAGCAAGACGUUUGUGAGUCCGAUCCUUUCUGUUCGGGCGUUGCUAGCUCUUGGCUACAAGGUGGAGUGGGAUUCUUCUCGUUGUAGAAUUUGGCAUCCUUCGCGGGGUGUAUUGGAUACGGAUGUUAGCACUGGUUGCCCGGAAAUCUCUGAGCAGAAGGCCUUGGAACUUAUCGGGGAAUAUGAGGCUUUGGUGCAGCGCGGGGAGAGUCGUUGUGCACGACUGCACUGUUUGAUGAAGGAUUUAGCUGGAUUGAGUAAUGCUGAGCUUGCUGAUGUGAUUGUUCGUCGGGAUGUGCACUCAGACGCAGCUGUAAAGAAGCUGGUUGAGAAAGUGUUUGGGGAUACGCCUAGUGAUUUGAGGGAGCAGGCGGUUGCAUCUGUGCAAGAUCCAGCUGGUGAGUCUUUCACAUGGAACAGAAGGAUGCGGAGGAAGUUUGAGCGUGCGAAAGGCCUAGUUGUUCAUCUGUUCUGUGGUGAGGGCAGAAAGGCUUUUGAUCGAGUGUCCGAGAAACACGGGCUAAUCCAUGUGCCGGUUGACACAGCCGAAGACCUGUUGGCGGAAGGUACCUAUCAGUAUUUGCUCAGGCAGGCUGCUAAAGGAAGAGUUCGUGCAGUGAUCGGAGCCCCUCCUGGCAGGACAUUUGCGCCGUGUCGGUACUCAGUAGGUGAGCAAGGCUCAGGUGUGAAGCCUCUUCGAGUAAGGGGGGAGAGUCUUGGUGAAUACGGUGUUGGGGAGUUGACAUGUCAAGAGCUGGCACAACGCAGGAUAGAUGACGUGUUGAUGAUGAGGAUGAUGGUGCUGAUGCUGGUGGCGCAGGGUUCGAAUGAGGCUCUGAAGGAGCCGACCCCACACUGCCUGGUGGAACAUCCUGAGGACCCUGAGGAUGGGGGUAUGGUAGGUGUUGCCCUGAGGGAGCAGACGAAACCUGAGCUCGGGUACGCGUCGUUCUGGGCCACACCAGAGUGGCAAGCGAUAUCAAAGGAGUUGCAGCUGUCACCUACCUCCUUUCAUCAAGGACCGUUGGGGCACCAGAAGGUAAGGCCAACCACCAUUUAUACAAACAUGUAUCCGGAUCCUUUGCUUGUGGACUGUUGGGAUGAUGGGUUCCAGUCUCGUCCGAAGGUCGGGGGUAAGGGGUUGUCUUGGUCUCAGUGGAGCCCAGGGCUUUGGAUUGCUGUGACUAACAUGUUGGCGAGAGCACUUGCGGAGCAGGUGCCGAAGGGACUCAGAGCGAUGGAUUCUGGUUUCAUAGAGCACCUUCGCAAUAAUCACACGCCAUUUCGCAGAGAUUGCAAGCAGUGCAUUCGCGGCGGGGCCAGACACAAGCAGCAUAGGAAAGUCCUUGCCCCACAGGGUUGGUGCAUGAGUAUAGAUACGGCCGGACCAUUUCCAAAGGGGCUAGAUGAGAAUACCACCGCUGCCAAAUACCUGAUUGUUGCAGUUCUGUCAGUUCCUAUUCUGUCGGUAAAAGGGGAAAGUGUGGAUGAACCGGCGGAUAGGGACCCACAGCUUGAUCUCCAAGAGUUUGCGGAAUCUCUAGAUGAUCGGGAAUGGUUUGUAGAAAGGGGUAUGGAAUUGGAGGAACCACUCCCUGAGCCUACACAUCGUGAAAUUACUGAGUCGAAGGACUCCUGGGCUACAUGGGAGGCAGUAGUUCGGAAAAGUAGAAAGGAUUGGUUAGAAGAAGCCAAAACUCAGUUUCUUCCGAAAGUGGAGAUGAUAGACUUCGUAUACACUGAAGCUGUGGAUUCGAAGAAGCAACAAGUCGUUGCAGGUGCCAUUAGCCGUAUGUACGCACGAGCAAUAUCAGACGGGUUGAGCGUCCAACGUAUCCAUACGGACAGGGGAAAGGAGUACCGGAACUCCGCAUUGGAUGCCUUCUGUCAAAAGCUCGGAGUUCAUCAUACAUAUGCAAUGGCAGAGGAACACCAGACCAAUGGUCGCGCGGAGGGGGCUAUAUUGAAGAUCAAAAAUCGAACGAGGGCGAUCCUCGAAGGAUCAGGGCAAGAUGAUCUUUCAGAGUGGCCAUUGGCGGCGAAAUUGGCGUCGUAUCACUUGCGAUCUGAAGCUCGCAAGAAGUUGCGGAUGCCGUGUGAGCCGACAGUCGUGGCGGCGUGGAGUUUGGAGUUCGAGAACUACCACGGCUGUCACAAAAUGUCCCUCUUCGGAAACUUCGAGGGGGUGGGUGGUGAAAACGGCCGAGGGUCCUUGUAUGAAGCAGGCAGUUGGGAGCCAAAGGACGUGGCGUCCCUUGCAGUUGCCAUGUCGAAGCACGUUGCUAACAUUGUCCUGCCCAUUGUUACUUCCGGGGGAGUUACGGAGUCUAGGAUGCUGGAAAAUGGGAAGCGACUAUGGGAAACGGGAUUCACGUAUUUGCCGGGAACCAAAUCAGAGUACUGGGGCUUCAAGACAUUGGCUUCCGUUUCCGCGGUCGUGCUUCGGAGACUUGAGAUUGCCGGGCGCCGGCCAGUAAAUGGACGGGGUGGUCUGCUUUCCCUUUGCAUCUCAGUGACCCAGACAACGGUACAACAGGUAGAAGCCGUGCUAGAGGGAACCAUGAGUCAUCAGGUGUUGAACGAGAGUUGUGGCUCAGGGUUGAUUGGUGACACGGGCGAGGCUUCAGGUCUUGAGAUUCUUCCACCUCCGCGACCCAAGGCUACUGUUAGCGAAGAGUUUCCUGAGUGGUGUUCAGCUGGUGUGUACAUAGCUUGCCUUGUUGCGGAACUUCGGGCGCUUUACAUGAAGCUUCAAGGUGAUGAGGCGGAUACCUGCUCAGGUGAGGCUCAUAAGGGCCAUGGGGAAGUGGAUGCUUCGGUUUCUGGUGAAGCUGUAGGGUGCUCAGACUUUGAGUGGGAUGAUGACUCUCAGGAUGUCAAGAUGUACCAGGUGCCAGAUUGCAUCAAACCACUGCGUCCGUGUCAUUCGUCGGAUGUUGGGGAUAGCUGCUACACACUGGAGCGAGUGGAUUGGCCUAUGUGUGUCAACGUAGCUGAUGAGAUGCAGGAGUUGGCUGAGGUGCAUAGGGCCAUGUGCAGCUUGUUGGAUGGGCAGUCUGAGGAAGUAGAUGGCCAGUGUUGCAGUUGUGAGGCUCAGUGGCUUGACGAAGUUCAGGGUUUGGAGCAAGAGCUUCAGAGGAUGAAGGGAUUAGAAGAUAGUCUGCUGUUGUCCUCCGAGGGUCCAAUUCUUAAAAGUAUUGAACUGUGUGUGGACAAUGAGGUGGAGGCUGAGGCCUGCCAGUUAGACAGGAAGAGCGAGGAGUGCAUGCUGGGAUCCGGGAGUCUAAAGGCUGUUCAAAUGGACGAUGAUGAUCCACCACCUCUUCAGUCGAAGAUUGUAGCGCAGGACCAAGUUCGACGUGAGCUUGGUAAGUGGCGUGGAUCUAUGGGGGAGGAGGUAGAGUCGUUAGUUCAGAAGACUGAAGCAGUUGAAGACUUGACAGACGACCAGUAUCACAAGCUGGUGGCGGAUCCAGGCGUGCAUGUGGAACUGAUUCCAGGAAAAAUGGUGUAUGUUUGGAAAUCCACUGGACGUCGUAGGGCGAGAAUGGUGGGAUGUGGCAACUUCUGUGACAACGAUGGCAGCACUCAGAAGGCAGAUCUUUUUGCGAGUGGGGCUGGUGCGGAGUCCAUUCGAAUGAUGAUCCGCAAGUGUACUCUGGAACCAUCUUGGCAUCUGGUCUCGGUUGAUGUGAAAACAGCUUUUCUCCAGGCGCCGCUUAUGGAAAUGCAGAAGGAUGGUAAGGAGAAGGUCACAGUCGUUAAAGUUCCGAGCAUAUUAAGGGAAGCGGGUGUUACUGCUACCAAGUACUGGAAAGUCAAGAAAGCUCUUUAUGGUCUGAACUCGGCGCCGCGCUCGUGGAGCCUUCAUAGAGACCGGGUGAUGACGGAUCUUCGGAUUGAGUAUGGUGAUGGCAUCUUGAGGCUUCGAAAGCUAAAGGAGGACGCCAAUCUCUGGCAGAUUCUCAAGUAUCCACGGGAGGGCAGAGAUCCUGAGAAGGAAGCCGGUGAAGCAGGAGGACAGUGCCUCGGGAUUAUAGCCUUGUAUGUGGACGAUAUCUUAGUUGCGUCGGAAAAGGACGUUGCCCAAGCUGUAGUUCGCGGACUGGAAUCAAAUUGGGAAUUGUCAACCCCGGACUGGGUGUCGGAGGAAGGAGAUUGCUUGAAGUUUGCAGGCUUCGAGCUGGAAAAAACCAGUCAAGGGAUUCGUCUUCAUCAGGAGAGCUACACCAAGGAUAUCCUAGAACAGUACCAAGACACAAUCCCGGGUGUGGAACGUACACCAGCUGUCAAGACUGUUGAAAGUGAGGAACCGGUGGAUCGUUCGGAACAGCUGGAGUGGACGAAACGUGCACAAUCAUUGAUUGGACAGUUGCUCUGGCUAGCGGGGAGGACCCGUCCUGACAUUGCUUAUGCUGUGAAUCUUGCUGCUCAGAGAAUAGUGCCAUCUCCGGGUGAGGCGGUUGCUCGCGCAGAACACUUGAUCAGGAGCGCUGAUAUUCUGGGCCUCGUGCAGGCAGCCAUGAGACCAACGGUCGCAGCUCUGAUGAACGCUCAAGAGGCGCUGUUAGCACUGUUGGUGCUGCUGCAAAUCUCGGCUGUCAAAGCGGAAUCAGUCUACGCAGGGAUGGAUGAUCUAGUGACCUUGUGGCGCGCCCAGUAG